AUGGUCGUUCGAUUCCACAGCGGCAACACGGACAACGGCAACACGGACAGCGGCAACCAACGGUGGCGGAAGGGUUCAAAAGAAGAUUCCACUAAGUAUACUUCGGAGGAGGAAGGGGAAAAGGCGGCGGCGACGAUAGUGGGUCUGUCUUUCUUCUUCGACGGCGACGGUGGGCGGAGAGAACAUGCAAUCGCCUAUCCGACAAAGAGAGAGAACGGAACGGACUUGGUGAAUCUUCUAACUUUCACAAACUCAAUCAUUUUCAUCUUCAAGCAGAAGAAGCGUCGCGAAGGUCUUCAAGCCACGCAGCAACCUCAGUUCGCUCCUUCCGCCGAUUCUGCUGCUUCUACCGUCGACAAAAAGUUGGAGAGUUUGCCUUCCAUGAUUGGUGGUGUAUGGUCGAAGGAGAGAAACUUACAGCUCGAAGCGACUACUCAGUUCCGGAAACUGCUUUCUAUUGAGCGUAGUCCUCCAAUCGAGGAGGUGAUAGAAGCUGGUGUUGGGCCUCGGUUUGUGGAGUUUCUCAUGAGGGAGGAUUAUCCACAGCUCCAGGUUUGGUGCAUCCAUCAUGUAUCUGUCACAUUUGUGUACAACAGAUUAGGCUGUUGGUUUCUCAGAGUGAUGAUGUCCUUGAGCAGGCAUCCAUCACCAUCUGUGCUUAUUCCUGCCCUCCGUAGCAUCGGUAACAUUUUCACUGGUGAUGAUGCACAGACACAGAAGAAGCGUCGCGAAGGUCUUCAAGCCACGCAGCAACCUCAGUUCGCUCCUUCCGCCGAUUCUGCUGCUUCUACCGUCGACAAAAAGUUGGAGAGUUUGCCUUCCAUGAUUGGUGGUGUAUGGUCGAAGGAGAGAAACUUACAGCUCGAAGCGACUACUCAGUUCCGGAAACUGCUUUCUAUUGAGCGUAGUCCUCCAAUCGAGGAGGUGAUAGAAGCUGCUGUUGUGCCUCGGUUUGUGGAGUUUCUCAUGAGGGAGGAUUAUCCACAGCUCCAGGUUUGGUGCAUCCAUCAUGUAUCUGUCACAUUUGUGUACAACAGAUUAGGCUGUUGGUUUCUCAGAGUGAUGACGUCCUUGAGCAGGGGAAAGCCACAGCCUACUUUUGACCAGGUUUGUCUCUCAUUUCUUCCUGAGUUUGUCCUUAUGAUCAAGGAAGAUUAUGUAAUUUCUCUGAUCUCUCAAGAACUGGUUAGCCCAGGACUUCCGGCCCUUGAACGCCUGAUUCACUCGACUAAUGAGGAAGUGUUGACGGAUGCCUGUUGGGCCCUCUCUUAUCUUUCUGAUGGCACAAAUGACAUAUUGAGGCCGGUGUUGUUCCUCGACUUGUGGAGCUUCUCCAUGAAUCUUCUAACUUUCACAAACUCAAUCAUUUUCAUCUUCAAGCAGAAGAAGCGUCGCGAAGGUCUUCAAGCCACGCAGCAACCUCAGUUCGCUCCUUCCGCCGAUUCUGCUGCUUCUACCGUCGACAAAAAGUUGGAGAGUUUGCCUUCCAUGAUUGGUGGUGUAUGGUCGAAGGAGAGAAACUUACAGCUCGAAGCGACUACUCAGUUCCGGAAACUGCUUUCUAUUGAGCGUAGUCCUCCAAUCGAGGAGGUGAUAGAAGCUGGUGUUGUGCCUCGGUUUGUGGAGUUUCUCAUGAGGGAGGAUUAUCCACAGCUCCAGGUUUGGUGCAUCCAUCAUGUAUCUGUCACAUUUGUGUACAACAGAUUAGGCUGUUGGUUUCUCAGAGUGAUGAUGUCCUUGAGCAGUCUUAAUCUGUUUAUGUGGAAGGCUGUUUGGGCAUUAGGGAAUGUUGCUGGUGACUCUCCACGAUGCAGAGAUCUUGUACUAAGUCAGGGAGCUUUGUUACCACUACUUUCUCAGUUGAAUGAGCAUGCUAAACUUUCAAUGCUGAGAAAUGCUACUUGGACCCUCUCAAACUUCUGCAGGGGAAAGCCACAGCCUACUUUUGACCAGGUUUGUCUCUCAUUUCUUCCUGAGUUUGUCCUUAUGAUCAAGGAAGAUUAUGUAAUUUCUCUGAUCUCUCAAGAACUGGUUAGCCCAGGACUUCCGGCCCUUGAACGCCUGAUUCACUCGACUAAUGAGGAAGUGUUGACGGAUGCCUGUUGGGCCCUCUCUUAUCUUUCUGAUGGCACAAAUGACAAAAUCCAAUAUGUCAUUGAGGCCGGUGUUGUUCCUCGACUUGUGGAGCUUCUCCAGCAUCCAUCACCAUCUGUGCUUAUUCCUGCCCUCCGUAGCAUCGGUAACAUUUUCACUGGUGAUGAUGCACAGACACAGAAGAAGCGUCGCGAAGGUCUUCAAGCCACGCAGCAACCUCAGUUCGCUCCUUCCGCCGAAUCUGCUGCUUCUACCAUCGACAAAAAGUUGGAGAGUUUGCCUUCCAUGAUUGGUGGUGUAUGGUCGAAGGAGAGAAACUUACAGCUCGAAGCGACUACUCAGUUCCGGAAACUGCUUUCUAUUGAGCGUAGUCCUCCAAUCGAGGAGGUGAUAGAAGCUGGUGUUGUGCCUCGGUUUGUGGAGUUUCUCAUGAGGGAGGAUUAUCCACAGCUCCAGGUUUGGUGCAUCCAUCAUGUAUCUGUCACAUUUGUGUACAACAGAUUAGGCUGUUGGUUUCUCAGAGUGAUGACGUCCUUGAGCAGGGGAAAGCCACAGCCUACUUUUGACCAGGUUUGUCUCUCAUUUCUUCCUGAGUUUGUCCUUAUGAUCAAGGAAGAUUAUGUAAUUUCUCUGAUCUCUCAAGAACUGGUUAGCCCAGGACUUCCGGCCCUUGAACGCCUGAUUCACUCGACUAAUGAGCAUCCAUCACCAUCUGUGCUUAUUCCUGCCCUCCGUAGCAUCGGUAACAUUUUCACUGGUGAUGAUGCACAGACACAGGUAUACUUAAUCUUCUAUAGCUUUCUACUCAUCAGAUUGAGUAACCUUGAGAAUGUUAGCUUUACCUCUGGAACGGGAUCUAUCAUUUCUUUCUAA